CUAGUGCUAGACUGCGAUUUUGACAACUCCACGUUUUGCGGAUGGGCAAAUGAAAAAUCUGGAAAAGCGAAGUUUAACUGGACUUUAAAUUCGGGGCAAACACCAAGCUGGAGAACAGGUCCUCGUUCUGAUGUUUCAGGUAUUUUCUUUAUUUUAAAAUCUGCUUCUUAUUAUGUUUAACAGUUUGUAACGUUCAUCUGAAUUUUGAGGGAGACCGAUUCACUUCAUAUUAAGAUAUAUAUUUUUUUAACAGUGACUCAUUUUAUUGGACUACAGUAAUUCUAGAGCCAUUCUCUACAGCAAAAUUAAACAACAAAGUGUGUAAUUAUAAUACUGAAAGAAAUAAGACGAACUCGCCAUUACUUUUCACUACGUUAACUUAAAGGCAGCUACAGUGACUUCAUUUCUUUAAAAGUUAAAAUCUGUAUCACGCAAAAAUCCCGGAAUUGUAAUUUUGUGAUUCCUUGGUAUUCUAAAAAUAACUAAACUCAAUGGAUGUGUAGUAAUCGAAAGCGUCAACUCAGUCAAUAUUUUGUUCCAAUAUCUCCAGGAAAUGGAAAGUAUGCAUAUCUUGAAGCAUCUUUUCCUCGACAACAUGGUGAUAACGCUAGGCUUUUAAGUCCUAUAACGCAAGGUGCAAAUUGCCUGUCAUUCAUGUAUCAUAUGUAUGGAAGGUUCAUGGGAAGCUUGGUAAUCUACAUGAAAACAAACAGCAAUGAAACAGUGGAAUGGAUUAAAUCAGGCACACACCCCAAUCAAUGGCUAGAAGCUGAUAUAUUCCUCAAUUCCUCAGCUCACUACCAGGUAAUCCAUUUGACUGAUGAAUAGAGAAAGCGGGCUAUAACCUACGCUAAUUUUUUUUCUUUGCUCGCGCCAUAUCGAUGCAGAAUCUGUUAACAAAGUAAAGUAAAAUAAAAGAAGAGAUUGACAGUCAAACUACUACCUUAACUGGCUUUUAGAUAAAAGAUCUUGAUUCUCUCGACCAUCUUUGCACAAGCAGGAGUACAUUUAUUUAGAAUAUACGAACUAAGAGAACACCUUGCAACAAAACCGUUAGAACACUGAUUGAAAAUUAAUUAAGAUUAUCCAGUUUUAUUUAAUUGAUGGGCACGAUGUUUUUUGAUAUUAUAGUUAUUCCUCAGUUAUAAGCAUGCUAUUACUUGUCUACUAUUUGAAUGACAGUAAAGCGCAACGCCUGACGUGACAAAAAAAUGCAGGUUUUUGUUAAAGGAUUCUGAUAACCAGGAUCUCAUUGCUGAUGUGGCAGCAAUCAGAAAUAAGGUAGUAUGGUUUAGUAGUUACUCUCACAAGGGGGUGCUCGGGUUAGUAUACUGCUGCAUUGUUUUUCCGUCAGCUUUUUUUUAGCCCAAUUUAUGUAAGUUACCGACAAGCGUACUAUAAUAUAUCUAGUAACUAACUUUAAGGGUUUAAUCUUUAUAGAUUAUAAUGGAGGGAGUAAGGGGCGUUUCCUAUUCAAGUGAUGUAGCCAUAGAUAACAUCGCAUUCAGAAAUGGAUCCUGUGAACGACUUGGUAUGUACACGAUAUUUAUCACUGCAUUUUUUAAAUAUUACAACAAGCUGACACUCAAAGAUGGAUCAAACUCAUAAAACUAAUUUCAAAAGACAUUCGUAACCUGUCUUCCUUUGUUUCAAGUUACCCAGUCGUUAUACGCCUUCAUAAAGGAAGAUGCUACAGACUUCAAAUUGGACAGAAUUCCAUUUCACAAUGGAUGGUUCUAUCAGUUUACAGUGCAUGCUCUUCAAACAAGAAACAGUUCCGCCGAUGUGAUGUACUUUGUGUACCCAGCAAACACUGUCCAUUGUGCAAAAAGCGUCACCAAAGAGCUUUCAUUAGACGACCUCAGUUGCUUCCCUCGAGACUUCUUCUUUUCCUCAAGGACAUAUCAGCCACAUUACAAAAAGUUGUUGCUUCUGAACCGAGGAGAAAAACUACCUUACGGGAUUACCUUAGAGGAAUACCAUAACUGCUGUGGUCAAACAGUUACUGAGUACUUCUUUGCAAAUGUGUCAUUAGACCGUAAGUGAAUAAGUGAACUUAUACUAAGUUGUCUGUGACUUAGGCAUAAAACCCAUCUUUUUCCAAAUAUAAUACGACGGCUAGUUUUCUUUUAACAGUAAGGUUAAUACCACUGCUGGCCGGUAACGAGAUAUCUAGUUAUUCGGGUUAAAAUGAAAAAAAAAAAAAAAAAAAAGGGAUUUUUUAUUUAAAAAAAAACAAAAACUUUGGUAAGUUGUUUAGAAAAUUUGUUUGGUUUGUUUUGUUUUUUAUACAAAAUAAAAAAAAAAACAAAAGACAAAACAGUGGGAAAAAUCAGAGAAAAAUAAGUUGUAGUAAACAUAUACAAUUUAAUGUGAUUUCAGAAACUGUGUAUGGAUUGUUGUUGUUUUUUUCCCAAUUUCAGAAAAAAAUGCAUGCCCACUUGGCUGGCUUAAUUUGGGCGAAUCAUGUUUUAGAAUACACAUAAAAUUUAGUUACGAAACAUGGAAAGACGCCAUGUUCAAGUGUCAAAACCUUGGAGGAAGACUCGCUGUUUUUGGUGAUGACGUCAAACUGCGUGCACUUUCAAGAUUCAUCUAUGAUUAUGUGGAGCCCCUAAGAUACUUUAAUUUCUUUUUCGUCGGGGCUCAUGUUGUCAGUGACGGGCGCUGGAUUACUGUCCGAAAACAACUGCUUUCAACUCAGUCGUUACCAUGGGGAUCCUUUCAACCGUCAGGUGAUGGUUGGUGCACAGACCUGAUUUUCGAAGAGAAGUGGAAUUCUAAAGGCUGGAGAAUCAACGACAAAAACUGCUUAUCAAAAGAAGGAUUUGUCUGCCAAAAGCCUAAGAACAUCUCAGGUAAUAGCAUUUAAAUUUAUUGUACAUGAAUCUGAUUUAAACGGAGUUUUUAAGUGAUAUUAAAUCAGGAGAAGAGGAUAAUAAAUUUUAGUUAGCACUUAAUCCUUAUAGAUACUAUAAAUACAGACUUUUUUUAAAAAAGGACCUAUCCAAUUUGGCAGCCUAUUGAGUGGAUUAAGAGGGCCAAAAGGCAGUUUUUUUUUUGCGUCCGAUAAUCUGGGAAAUCACACUAACGAAGAAAAAGGAAAGGAAAAAUAGGCAAGACCUUAGAUAAUAAUGACCUCAACCAGGUUGUGGAGUCUGGCGGAGCGAAAAGGGAGAAGAAUAGAAAAAAGCAAUGGUUGCACUCUUAGUUUUUGUAUUAGCUAUUCUGGAGACAUUUUUGAACGAAGAAAAAAACUGCCUAAGGGAAAGGAUCUUUUUGGCGGUAAUGUUUUCAAAAAUUCAUCUAGCCGGACUUUUGAAAACGUUAUAUGCGAAAUGGAGUUUUGGCGUCCAACAAUUUUUUUCGGCCAAAAACUAUCUCCACAGUAGCUGUUACAAAAACUAAGAGUGCAACCAUUGCUUUUUUCUCUUCUCCUCCUUUCCUUCUCCCCUCUCUUUCCUUUUCUCCUUUCAUCUUCCUUCGUUACUGUGAUAUUGGAGCUUCUCGGGCUUAAGAAACCUGCCUUUUGACGCCUUUUCACGCAAACGACCACAAAUUUCGUCAGGUUGGUUUUCAAAAAAUCGGUUAGAUAUAUACAGGGUGUCCAAAAAAUUCUCUCCUUUACUUUAUAAGUCUGUAACGCAGUACAAUUGGACUUGAUCAGCACAUAAUUUAAACCAAAGUUGUGACUUCCAAUCUAAUUUAAUAUUUCAUACUUCUUGUGCCAUCUUUUCACUCAAAAUUCGAUUUGUAUAAUUUGGCGCCAAGGGUGCGCUGCACGAGUAAAUUUUCCGGCCAUAUAUUUUUUGCAUUUUGUAGCCCGAAAUACUCGAACUCCUAAUUUGUUUUGUGUGAAUAUCCUGAAAGAUAAACCCUCUCAACGAAAAAAACACUCAGCUGCAAGCAGAAGUAUAUAUUUUUAUCUACUGUUUUUUCAGUUAAAGAAAUUCCUAAAACAAAGGAAAAAUCCGAAUGUUGGGUCAGGUAAGAUGGUCAGAAAUGAAGGUUUUACAGACAAGAAACGAGGGGAAAGACCGAAAGUCCUGAAUAAAACCGCUAAAAUAGUUUUAAAGAAGGCUAUGUACAAAACAGGAAACCCAACGAGGUAGCUCUUACAACAGUUAGCAAGUGAAGUCUGGAGCAGGUUCAUGAAAAGCAAAGUUUGGAGACCCCUGAGAUGGCAAAAAAAACCCUUUACUUCCGCCCGCCAAGCAACGUUCAGCUCGUCUCAAAUUUGGAUCCACGCCCAAAAUAUAUUGUUUCAGCUGCCUAAUCUAAAAGAUUAUAUUGUUUGGGGGACGAAGUGACUCCUGCAUACUACGUGAUAAAAAAACUCAAAAUGAAUCAUCUAGGGCUCUACUUGCUACAUGGCUUAUCUCACUUAAUACAGCAACGGCUACAGAAUGUGAUUAAAAAACAAAGGGGGGAUGCCGAUAGCUGAACUUCUGAACACAAGUACUCGAUAAAAUAAGAAACAUAUUUUAGAAAUUUCAUGAUCAAAAGUUAUAGCGCAGGAAAUUAGAGGAACGAACUUUUGGGACACCCUGUAUAAUCUGUAAAACUAUCUUUUCUUAACGGCAAGCAUCAUUGAAUCAGAUUGACUAUUAUUUUUUGGCAAAAGACUCACUCAGUAUAAACGUUACAUUGGUGAUUCGUUUCACAGGAUCAACGUGUGAUUCCGGUUGGUUCGUGGUGAAUGAUUCGUGUUUUCGAGUAUUUGCGGGGACUUCCUUUGCCAGAGAAUGGAACUCGGCUCGUGUGUCGUGCCAACGACUAGGAAGCGACCUUGCCGUCGUUGAAUCUGAGAUUAAAAGAAAAAUUAUCUCAGAACAUCUCACUAACAUAUCCAAUAAGUACCCAGAUGACAACAUCAAAGCAUUUGUUGGUAUUCGCAAGUUUGGCACAUGGCAUUGGUUAGACGGCAGCAAUAUUUCAGCUAGCAUUUGGCGUUUUAGGUAUCCCGAUAUUUUGUCAGGGAGUGGAGAGUGUGGCUUUCUAGUUAAAAGGUGGUUUUCACUUGAAUGGAAGCUUACCCCAGUGUCUUGUUCUCGUCGGCGUCCAGUUAGAUUCACGAUCUGUGAAACAGAUGAACGUAAGUCCUUGGUUAUGGUAAUUUGAUAUCCAGUUUUUUUGGGGGGAAAACGUUUGUCUUAGAUCCAUAGAAGAUCACAAGACAAAUUUUGGAAACUUUUCUUGAAGAUGAUUCUUUAAUUUUGCUCUUACUAUUAUUCAAUAAUGCUUAGGAAGAUUUUUGGUCGGUUGGCAAUCUAUCCAUUCAUCUCAGGCCAACGUCAGCGGUAAGCCCUUCUAUGCCGUCGACGGUAUCGCUGCUUCUUGCUUCACAGUUAAAGGGCAAAGGGUAAGUGCUUUGCAGUAACAAUCCAUUUCAGUUGUACCCGGCUUAGCUUAUGAGAUGCCGAUCAUGAACUAGCUUUUCUCGUGGUUUUUCUCUAUAUUUGUAAAUGAGUUGCUAGUUUACAAAAUGCCUGCUAUAUAAUAUGUUUGAUUUGAGCUGACCCAUUCUAGAAACGUCCCCCACCCUUUUACCAAAUAUAUGGUGUGGUUUAAGUUUACAUUUGACUUAAAUUUUAAUUCCCUUUGUUUUUGAACAUGGUAACAUGUGGUAUCCAGUUUGAAACUAAAAACAAAGAGGUUCAACUUAGAAUAAAUUGAACCACAACAAAUACCGAAUGUACGGUCUUGUUGUGACUUUCUUUACCACAGGGUCAGCCAGUCUGGUGGAGUGUAACUUUGCAAAGACAAGCAUUUAUCAGCAAAAUCCGGAUCAUUAACAACCUGGGGUGCUGCCUUGCAGAAAUGACCAAACAUAAUGUCGUUUUAAGGAACAAUUUGGAAACCGUAAAAGAAAACUGUAAAGUUUACUCCUGGAAGGACAGACAAAAAACACUAAUGAUCUGUGAACCGUUGAUUUCUGCUUCAAAUGUAACCAUUUAUGAAGACGGUGGGGGCGAUUUAAGCCUGUGUGAGGUUGUGAUAACGACAAUAGGUGAGAAAUGUAAACGUUUUUUCUCCAUUUACAUUGAUAACAUAAACUUAAUUCCUCGAAAAAGAUAAUAGUUUUUCGUUCAUCAAAUUGAACACCGAAUAAUCCAAAGGAACAUUUUCUUAAAAGAUCUCCACGUUGCAAAUUUGACACGCUCUCACUGUUUGGACAUGCUGGCACCCAUGUUGUGCAUAAGAAAUGAGAUCUUGAUAGUGACUUUGGAGCGCGCAAGAUAGAGUGUUCAACCCUGAUGUGAACAGAAGAAAUAAUGAUGCACACACGAAAAUUGCGGCUAUUUUUAUGAGCAUUGCUUCUAAAAAGCAUACACGUUUUUGCUUUUCUUGGUAUUGACAAAUAUAUUCGACCAUUAUUAAAUACACAGAAAGCGAAGAUAGUCUUCGUGGCGUUCUUCAAGAACUUUGGUACAAUAUUCCUUCUGGUACGAUAACGAGUUUGCGGGCAGACAACAGGCUUCCUAGCACUGAUCCAGAUGUUGUGAACAUUCUCCGGCAGUUUGAUUCUCCCUCCAAUUUCCAUACAAAUCACGGACAACGUCUGACAGGGUAUUUGCAGGUACUUAGUUCUAAUAUUAUUUUUUCUGUAAAAUUUGGUCCCAUAUUAUGCUUAUAAAUUUGAACUUUAAGGUGUUGUACACUUUCGACCAAGAAUCCUAAAAGGAUUGCAGGGAUAAUUUUUUUUAAUUUUCUGCUCCGAUCUUUAUUUUCUGGGCGUUUGUCUGUUUUCCAACCAUUUUCUAUAUGUCAACCCAAAUAUCUCUUUUCCUUUAAUAUUUCCCUUUUCAUGUAAAAUGCACCCGUUGCUGACAUCCCUUGCGCUUUCAGUGACAGGUAUAGUAACUCAUACCACUCAUGUCACUAAUCUUAUUUGUUUUUCUUUUUGUCUCGCGUAAGGUACCUGAAAGCGGUAACUACACCUUCUUUGUCGCACGAGAUGACAAUUGCGAGCUUUGGUUACAACCAGAGAGGGUAGAGCUCGUUGAAAAAAUAAAGGAAGACGAAGCGUCAGACAAACUACGUCUGAUAAAACUGGACUUUUGGACCGACCACAAUCAAUGGGACAAGUAAGAAUACAUUGUCAUUUGAUAAAAAAGGUUAUUUUCUCCUGAAAACUAAACGGCGCUUCGUCGUACUUCCCUUUAUCCACUUUAGACUGCGAUCAGUGCAAAAGUGUUUAUCUACUGAGCCUAAAAAAAACAAUUCGUUUUUGGCUGAAUUAAAACGAGUCAAAUUUUGGUUUUACUUUUUGAAAAUUAGCGAUAAUACAACUAAUGAAUCACUAACCGCAGGAAAUACCGGACUAAAAAUUUUAUUUGCUUUGCCUUAACAAAAGACGCUAAUUAACAUUUGAAUUUGGUUCCUUAGGACGAACGUAAAAACCUAAAACCAUUACCUCAUGAAAAUAAACUUUCGCUAUGAAAAGUCAAACACAGUGUAUCGUUUUUUUUAUGAGUAAAAUUAUCAUCCGCACUCGUUUUUGUGUACGUUUCUUUAGAUUUCCCUCUCUCAAGAUAUCCAAAGAGAUAUGGUUAAGGAAAUGCCACUUGUACUCUGUGGAGCUACUAAUAAAGCAAUCAGGAGGAAGUGAUUGUGCCUCCGUAAGAAUGAAGCUACCAAAUGGGACAUACAAAGGCCUAAUAACUGCGGCUCACAUAUUUUGGGUGAAGCCAGGUAAAUAUCGAUAAAUAACUGCAUGUAGCUGAUGCUACUGAACGAAGACACCCUUCAUAGGCGUUAAAAUUGUCUGUGUCUGCACAUGUUUUCCCACGAACUGUUUCUCUCAAGCGGAGACUCGUUGCUAUUUACUGACGCCUGCAUAGCCCAGCGCUUCCUUAUCCCCUAGACUUUUACCUUUCGCUUUCUCUCCAUACCCUUUUUUUGCUUUUUCUUCCCAGGAUUUUCCUUUUGUUGGGUAUGUAAUAUUAGCGUCAUUUUAGCCGGAAAGGUUCCGUCAAAAUUCUGAGGAUUGUAAGGUUCUUUUAAAGUAACUUAAGAACAACCUUUUCGUUGAAUGAUUUCCGGUCAUCUUAACCUGUUUUUUUUUUUUUGUGUGUUUUUUUUUUCUGGCUAGUUUGACUGAAACUUGCUCAUUGGGGUAUGGUUUGAAAGGUCCUUUCCCCCUUCACAAAUUAGUUGUCAAAGUUGUUUAUGGCCUUUAAAACGGAUCAUGACGAGUGGUGCAAGGGACCUGUCUUACGUAUCGGAUAAAUAGUUGUCUUUACAGAAAUUCUUAUUUGGAAAACAUCGAUUUUCCUUCUAUGGAGAUUAUGAAGGAUUUGAAAUCUGUCUUAUUGUUGGUAUAAUUUGCAAUUCCUACAGGUGUUGGAUACAUAAACUUUAACAUAACGUCUAUUCCUAAAAAGUUCACCCUCAAGACUGGUGAAAAACUUCGAAUUCAAGGUAUUUUAUUAACUAGGUAGCAUGAUUUGCUUAUCCAAAAUAGCUCGUAGCAAACAUUUUGUUUUGUUAGUGGAAAACCAUCAACCAUAAUUUGAACUCCAAAGCUACCAUAUAUAGCACUAAUAACUAUAAAUUUAAAGAAUAUAAUUUUUUUGUAACAAAUAAAAAUUUUCAGACAACACGCUUGCUUGAUCUUAAUUAACCUGCUUAGACUGUCGAGUCAUUUUCUCUUCUUCAACCAUAUAGCGUAUUACAAAUAUUGCUGCCGUGGAUUGUACUGCUCUCGAUGUCCCACUCGCUUACAUUUAAGAUUUGGUACGCAAAGGAUUUUAGUUCAUAAUGGCUUAGUGAUGGAUUGUCAAGAGCGCUAUUUCAACUCUAGUUUCGACACCUUUCAACAGGAAGGAACAUACCAAAUUAAUGUAAGAAGUUUGAAUUUCUUAUUAAAUGAUUAUGCUUUUACCAAGCAUUUGCCUUACAAAUGACACUGUGUAUCGUCAUGUGUUAGGUGACGUAUGACCUGGUCGAUUCCUUGUCAUAUACGACAGAGGUUUCAAGGCAAAUUAACGAAGUUCAUAUCUCAGGUAUGACAGUCCCGGCUGCAUGUAAAAAUGUUCUUGUUUAUUUGAAGUAUUCAUUAUCCAGUACAAGAUUCCACUUUUAUUCUUUUUAUUAGCUAUCCUAGUAGAGGGUUGCAGCUUCACUUCUGACCUUUGCUCGUGGAAAAGUAAAGACAAUGGUUGGACACCUUCACCGUCUGGCAAAGGUUUGUAUUGUUGACUAGGCCUUACAGAUUCUGCUCGGCAACUUUUUAGCAACUUUUAGGAUUUUAAGCAACUUUUUUGUCAGAGAGCAACUUCUAGCAACAUUUCGGAAAACUAGCACUUUUUUGGUAACUUUUGGGCUAUUUUGAACCAAAAUGCUGAAUAACCGCUUUUUUUUAAAUAAACAAGUUAAAUUUUUUUUUUUAAUUUUUAAAAUUAAAAAAUAAAUAAAUAAAAAUUAAAAAUUAAAAAGUAACUCUCUGUAAUCAACUAAAGGUUGCCUAAUUUGUUGUAACUAGUUACUUAGUUGUACCUUAAUGCUGAUUACAAAGCAAUUAUUAUUAAAACAGGAACGCUCUUAGUAGCGUUGAGUCUCGCUUGCUUGGAGAUGAGUUUUAAUGUCAAAGGCCCCGGUGCCUUAUACCACUUUUUCGUUUGGAAUACAAAACGAGUGUUGUAUGUCAUAAUGUAUAUACUCAAAAAGUAAAAAUUGCAAGGAGAGACAGGCUGCACAUCUUAGCCUCAAACCGGUUUGAAACCUUUGAAAACCUUCUACAUAUUGAUAUUGCUCCAUUGAGCAGUACUCUUUCGGGGAUUCUACACUCGAAAAAUUGAACGAUGAUUUUUAUCGGUAUCAGGGACCCAUGACUCUGUCAGUAUAAAUAUACAUAGCUUCUUUGUACCGGACGAAGAUACGGCUCGGUACAGUAUAUGUUCAGCACAGGAAAAAAGUGUAAGUUGAACAGAACAUUAUACAACACACAGUUAAUUCAGUUUGCGCGUAUUCCUGCUGAAUUUGUUGUCCGUUUUAUAAGAUAUCAAUAUCGCAUGAAAGUAAUGACAUUUUCCAUAGCUGCUUAGUAUCUACUUUUAAUAUCUCCGUAGAGUCUUAGAGUACAAUGUUUAGAGUUGUGCACAGCAUGCAUAGAUAGAUAGAUGAAUGGAUGGAUGGAUGGAUGGACGGAUGGAUGGAUGGGUGGGUGGGUGGUUGGAUGGAUGGAUGGGUGGUUGGGUGGGUGGAUGGAUGGGUGGAUGGAUGGAUGGAUGGAUGGAUGGAUGGAUGGAUGGAUGGAUGGAUGGAUGGGUAGGUAGGUACGUAGGUAAGAACCUUAGUUUAUGGCGCGAUAAAAAGAUCAGCAUUGCUGGUGGGGUCGUGCAUACAAUAAUCACAAGAAAAAUAAGGAGUACUGAAAGCAAAUGUACACUUAAAAAUUAAAAACUGUUAAAAUUUUUUUCUUGUAUUACAGUAUCACCAGGAUAAAGCGUUUCAUUUUUCUGGAAAAUUUCACUUUCUCGUCAAAUCAAUCACUGACUCAGACAGACUCGGAUUAAUUUACUUGAAUUUAGCGUUCAGUACAGCGAACGAGGUUAUGUUCUGUGAAAUUUAUCUACAGUCUGCGGCCCACAUCAUCACUGAUCCACGAUUUAUUUAUUUUAUUUUCAAGUUCUUUUUAAUCGAUCCUUGAUCCCUGAUUUCUCGAUCCUGAUUUUCCAGUAAACCUUGAAGUUUUGCUCAUUAAGAUUAUUCCUUUUUUUCCGACCACUGAAGUGAUCAGUUGUUCCAAAAUAAUCAACGCUUUCAAGCUAUAGAAUUCUUGGACCAACCCGUUCCGGAAAAGCUCGAUAUGGGAUUUCUAUUAACUAUGGACAUGAAAUGCUGCAAGUAGAGUGUGCGGUUAGUCAAGUUCAAAGCUACCCGUAUAAACACAUCCGUGACACGUUAGGGUGGAUUUCCACUGAUGCGUUUUUGGCUCCGCACGUUAACGCACGUAAAUUUUAAUCACGUAAGUCAAAUAGAGGUAAGACAUAAAGUAUUGAGAUUAAAAGUCAAAUUAAGCGAGUUUCUACUUUUACGCUUACAUAAUUGUACGUGCAGCCUUUCAUACAUUGCCUUUAUUUUAUUUGCGAACGCAAAUUUUACGCACGUGCGCACGUAAGAAUUACGUGACAGUGGAUACUUCAUAUCUCAAGUAUUUAUGAAGUGCAACACGACUUCACAUCGUAACAACUGCGAAAAUCUAUCAAUUAAAUACAUAAAACAAAGUGAAUCUAUUUAACCGUACAUUUCCUGUAAUUCCGACAGUAUUCUGAGAAAGGUAACGCCUUAAAAAGAAACAAAAUCCUGAGGAUUUCCCCGCUAUAAUAUUUUCUCAUCCUGCCUGGGGAUGUGCCUGCAUGUCGCGCAUAAUUACACCAAAAUCAAGGGCCUCCAUUCGAGGAAAAUUACGUCAUUAUCAAAAUUACAUGCGUCAUUUCAGUCAUCGCCGAAAUAAACUGCAUUCUCAUCACGAGACUCAUCUCCAUACAAUGAAAGACGUCACGAUUCUUAUCCCCAUUUUCCACGGUCUUCGCAAGGAACGCGGGGCCUACAAACUAGGUCCCACCGAAAAAAAAAAAAAACGACCGCAUUUUAAGAGUCUCGCUUUUCUAAAGCAAGCGAGACUAAUUAGACAUGCUGUCUUAAAAAUAUUCGAAGAAAACUUAACAAAAUUUUUGAGCAACUUUUUCAAUUUUGAGCAACUUUUGAGCAACUUUUUGGCAUAUUUCUUAGCAACUUUUUAGCUUUUUCAGAGCAGAAUCUGGAAAGGCCUAUUGUUGACUCUAUAAUAACUCAUGUACAUUAGCCUUUGGUCUCGACGGAAAUAUGAUGUAAUGUCACCUGAAUAUAGCUCCAACAAUUGACAGGGUACCAUUUUGCCAAUAAUACCUUGUGCAAUUUAGUUGGUGACUGCAGAAUGAAAAACUAAUUUUGACGCUACAGAGUUCUUCCGUCACAUUUGCUACACAAUGAUAAGAAGAGCCGACAAACGCUUGGUUGCCACAGGCCCGUUAUUCCUGCGGUUCCUUGCUUUCUUGUCACCAAGCCCUGUUUCGGGAAAAGAGGAUGUUAUAUUGUUUUUGGGUGGUAUUCUUUGAACGUUAUAAUAAAGAAAGUGAUAAUAAUAAUAAAUAAAUUAUUUACACAGGGUAACCACGUCAGUUAUAUAACUGCUAUCAAUGUGGGCCCCGUGAAUUAAUUAAUUAAUUAAUAAAAAACAUAAUGAAGCUUAAAAGGGGACAGAUAAAAGUAAUGAUAAAAAAGAAAAACUUAUAUAGAUGGUAGAUUCUAAAAACAGCGAAAUGUUAAAAAAUGCUUAAAACUAUGAGUUAAAAAUAGUUGCCCCUUUAUUAUAAAAAGCACGCUUAGAAAUUUCUAGGUUAAUUUUAUCGCCUUAAAGGUUCUCGCUAAACCUAGUGUCAUAUGAAUGAAUGUCAUAGCGUCUGAUGUUAAAUCAUAUCUUUAAUGUGUUCCUUUCGUCUAUCGGAGAGCCGAUUUCAUCCGAGUCGUUCGAUGAUGGCAUCAUUUGUCAGUUCUCGAGAGUUCUUGAGAACAAUGCGGCUAGCUCUUCUUUGCAAACGAUCGAUCUUUUGCUGGUUCUCAAGACCACAGCCAUGCCAGUUGACGUCACUGUACUCCAAAAGCGGGAACACUAUAGAUUCACUCUUGAAAGAAUUCCUAGUUUCUGAAAUACCUUGGAUGCUACGUGGUCGAUAUGUUCGUUAAAUGAGAGAUGGUUGUUGAGCAUAAUACCCAGAUACUUGGGUGGGAAUUAGUUGAUGUGUUAUUUUAUGUAUUUUCAGGAAUUUUGGCCCGUUUUGACGGCAAAGUUGCUGUUCUAGAGAGCCCACGGGUUUCAAAAAAUCUUAUUUAUGAGAAAACUGGGUUGUGUCUGUCCUUCUCUUAUCUUUUAUCCGCUCAUGAUUCUGGAUCAUCAAUAAAAUUUAUACUGCUGACAUCAUCAAAUGUCUCUUUGUGGAGUCUCCAUGGUUACCAGGGCCAAACCUGGCAGACAGGCCAAGUGUCAUUCAAACCACUUGAGGAUUUUAAGGUAUGAUGUCCUUGUGGUAGCAUAUUCUAUGUUUUCUCGUCGUCGUAGGAUUGACUUAUCUAAUCAUUCCUUCUAUUUUGUAGGUUCUUAUUGUGGGUAUCGGAAACCAGCAGUCUGGGAUUAAUCGCGGGGCACUUAAAAACAUUAGUAUUGCUACAAAACAGUGUGAGCGACUACCGCCUCAUAGUUUACCAGGUACGUACUCUCUUUUAAUAGUCAUCACUUUUGUCCAUUAAUGGGAUUCUUAAAACCAUCUGGGUGCGUUCAGCUGUCCGGCGGCGCAAAGUCUGUGCACUUAUAUGAAGAAAUGAGUAAUUGAAAUAUACAAAUAAUAGCAGCGGCUUUUUUACUUCACGGAUCAACUAUCACUCAAACUUUAUUUAGGAUUCAUAUGCGAGAGCAAAAGUAGUCUUCAGUGCGACAAUGGACAAUGCGUAAGCAAAGACCUAGUAUGUGAUGGAGACAAUGCUUGCGUGGACAACUCAGACGAGAAGAACUGCAAAUGCCUCACAAAUGAUUUUGUUUGUCCCACUGGAGAAUGUCUUGAUGUAGAGAAGCUAUGUGACUUGAGAAAGGACUGCAGAGACGGAACAGACGAGGCAAGAUGCGGUAAGCAGCAGACUCAAAAGUUAGUUAUUUAAUUUCCUGGAAUAUUUUUCAGAGGCACCCAACGCCAAUUUUCGGAAUAUAUCUGUUCGAAAGACGAUUUGAGUUCUAGAAUUUUCGGAACAUUUGUCGUAAAAUUUCUUGCUUCCUUGCUUGCUUCUCCUAAGAUCUUCGAACAUUUGAAAAAUGGUAUAAUUGUCCAUUUAUAACGGAUUUUUACCCUAAAAAGGUCACCUAGAAUUUUCGGGAGCCUUUUUUCUGGCUAAAAUUUUCGAAAAGGUGAGUUUUGAUCUCUAUAAUUUUCGGAUCACUAGACUUUCAUCUAAGAAAUCCGAACAGAUGAAAAAUGUUUAAAGGAUAAAAAUAUGCCUAUAUCUACCGUUUAAAUACUAAAAUACGUUCAACAAUGCUAUGUUUAAGUGUUUUUGAACUAUAUUCUCGUUGGGUGCCCCUGAUUUGUUACUUUAGGGUCUCAUUAAUAUAUAGGGCAAAGCUGCUCAGAAGAUGCUUUUUCUUGCGCUGGAGGUGAUUGCGUACCAUGGUCUCUCACGUGCGAUGGAGAUACGAACUGUGAAGAUGGAACAGAUGAGCCAUCUAUAUGUGGUAAUUUUGCAUUUGUUACAUGUAUUUUUCUUUGAUGGCUCUUUUUGCUGCACAUUAAAGUAAACAGCGAUUUGUCUUUAAGCUUAGUAUAAUUUAGUUAGUAAACGUUUAACCGGCGUUACAUAAACUUGGUGUAGAUGUCUACACGUCUGAAUCUAGCGUUAAAGGUAUUUUUACAGAGUGUGAGCGGUAAACUUUUCAAUAUUUUAACUAAUAAAGGUCGUUCUUUAUAUAUUCAUGACUAUGCACAGAAUAGUGCGCAGGUUAUAUAAUAUGUGUCUUGACUGAUCUAAGAAUGAAAGCUACUGCCAAUAUCCUUAGUUUGUUUCUAGAUCGGGACAGAAUCCGGAUAGAAUAGCUGUUGCCACCAAAUUUGUAGAUGGCAAUACCUACUAGCGGGUAACGGUAUAUUUCCCUUGCUAAAAUGUGAUUCUAAAUACUAAAGUGGUCAGUCCCAGAAUGUCAAAUGAAAUAGAAACGACAGUUUCCUUAAAAAUGAACCACAACUUUGAAUUUGGAGCAAGACAUGUUUCGAUCGAUCUACGAUCAUCAGUUGCAGGUAAUUGCGUUCGAGGUAUGAGAACGCUACCCCUAAUUUGUGGUGGGUGUUCUGUGCAUUAUUGGGUGUCCUGUGUAAUUAAUAAGGGAGGGUUCAGUUUGAGAUUGCAUUUUUCGUCGUCGUCGUCGACACACAUUUGCCUCGCUUUGAGGCGCUUGCUUAUGUUUUGCCUCACUUUGACGCGCUAACCCGUGGUAAUACUUGUGUCCUCGGCGUUCAUCUUUCAAAGGUUUGAUGAGGUCUGAUACUCUGUCAAAGCUUCGCAAAGCGGCCAUCUUUUAAAAAGUUUGCUGAAUCUUCGUAAAGCGUACAUCGAUCUGUGUUUGCUGAAUCGUCCAAAGCGUUCAUCUCUCAGAAGUUUGCUGUUAAAUUUUACUUUGGAUUAAGCCUUCAUAUUUUUCAGUAUGGUUCGUCACUGCCUUUGGAAAAUGUCUGCGACUCCUGGUGCAUGCAUCAAACCGGGUUUAGUUCGGCGGCCGUUGUGCCAUAAAGUAAAUUUACCGAGUUAUGUAGCUCGGCGGCCGUUGUGUCACAACGUAAAUCUACCGAGUUGUGUAGCUCGGCAGAAGUUGUGCCACAAAGUAAAUCUACCGAGAUGUGAAUUUCGGCGGCCAUUUGAUCAUGACUUGUGAUAUUUUCGGCACUGGACAAACGAACACUUUAACUCUAUGUUAUUUAUUAGAAAAAAAACUUAUAAACCAGCCCAAAGUAGCGCCACUCUCGUGUCACUGAAAUCAACACGCUCGACCAAAUUACUGGAAAUGUUAUUGACGUGAGCCGCACACACGUUCCAUUGAAGGCUUUGAUAGGGGCGAAGUUUGAAUUCAGAUGUGAAAGCUUUUAAAACAGUAAAUUCAAUGUAAUUCAUUUCGUCAACAAGUUGAUGAUUGGAUGCUCUUAAAAAUAACAGAGAAAAUUAUCCGAAGAAAUGUUUUUAAAGAAAGAAAAAGAAUGCCGGGUUAAGCACUAAUCGGCCUUUGAGCAACUGCGCCCUGUAACUCACCCGACGCACUCUGGCCAAUGUCUCCUCCGAUUACAAGCACUUGACACCGAACCAUACGAUAUCUUUUGAAAACGUUCUUAUAAUGAUACACACUUUAAAGGUUUCGCUGUACGCAACCCUUACGUUCAAAAUAUGCCAUAAUCACAUUUAUCUAUAUCGCAACCACCCUUCCGCCUCAACUGCUAUCUGUACGCCUAUCAAACUAACCUGCGUAGCAGGCGCUUGGAAGUAGUGGGCACAAGAAAAAACGGGCGCGCGAGAAGGAGACACUCUCACCCCUCGCGUGUCUCCCCCGCGCGCUCCCGUUCUCUCUUCCGCCCACUGCUUUCAAGCGCCUGCUACGCAGGCUACUUACAAACAUCGAACACACUCUCCUAAGCUCCGAUUACUCCUAGUAUAGUUACUGGGAUUUGAAAUACCAAUAUACGGUGAUGCAUCAUGCAAUUGUACGUGACGUUAACACCGAGGUGAUAUACAAUAUGAAAUUAACGUUUUUAAUAAGAGCUAGAUAACAAAUAUUACACAAGCAAGGGAAAGGUAGAAAAAAAACAAAUAAAUAAAAUAUCAAAAUCUGUUUAAAUGUUUAAUACGCAGCAAUAAUAAAUGAAUGAAUAAUAAAAUAAAUAACAAAUAGAUAUAUUAAAGUUUAAUAAAAGUUGUAGUAAUAAACGACAUUAUGUAAUAAUCAAAUAAUAAAUUCAUUGGACCGUACUUUUGUUUCUUCAGGGUCUUCGCACUGUCCUUUGCUUAAUCUGAGAUGUGAUUGGUUUAACUAUACGGAUUUGUUAAAUUUGUACCAGUGUGUUGGAAACAAAGGUACGGAAGUAAGAAUCUUGUUGUAUAUUUAUUGAAAAAUGAAGGCGAUUUUUUACCUUUAGCAGCGAAACCGGCAGUCGCUUAAAAAUAUAUUGUUAUGAAAGGCAAGUGCAAAAACAUUGGUUUCCAUACAGGGAAAUGGACCCAAUUACUUUUCUAAAACUCGUUUUGUUCAUAACGCGAAUAAGGUAUGUCUGCCAAUAAGCAGUAGGAAAAUUGAUAAAAUCUGAGUAAUCCAGGUAUCCUAUCGAGGCGUGAUAUAAUACAAAUAAACACUACCUUUCUAUGAUUUAUCAUUUCCUGCCGACAACAGAAAUGACACUGCUCUCUACUUACGAAGUCUUUCUUGUGCAUUGUGUUAGUUAAAUGCGAUUUUGAGCAUGGGCUAUGCGGGAUGGAACAGGCUCAUUGGCGCAUUGGAUCUGGCUCAACACGCACGAAGAACACUGGCCCGGAUUAUGAUCACACCACACUUGGACCUGAAGGUUGGUUUGAGUCUCAAGUAUUCAGUUUUCUCUUCGUAUUCCCUUUUGGAAAGGCGCCACCAAGUGCGACAAACUAUCCCAUGAACAGCAAGCUGCACUGAUUUUAUAUUUAAAAAGAAAAUUAAAAUAGCUAUAAUAAUAGCAGAAACAACGCAAUAAAGAAAAUGCCAAGACAAAGGAAUAGCUCUUAAAUGAUGGCCUGAUACAUCAACUGAACUUGACAGCUGUUCCAAACUAAACGUUCUUAUUAUGACAACGUGUAAAAGACCAAAAGCUUUGAUAAGAUUUCUGAUGCACUUUGUUUGACUUUAAGUCUUUUGUCCUUUCUAAGUUUAUUCAUGUAUUCACUUCUCCUAUUCCUUUGUUUGAAUGUAUUUAUUUACCUAUCUAUCAAGGAAAAUACCUAUUUCUGGAAGCAUCGGAGCAGAAGGCUCGUGAGGGAGCCAUUCUGGCCAGCAGUACAAUUGGUCCGGGUAAACCUAUUUGUUUGCAGUUUUGGUAUCACAUGAAAGGAGAAGAUAUCGGGAGUUUGAAAGUCUACAUUCAAACAAAUGAAACAAAAACGCUAGUUUGGAAUACGACUGGUGCACAAGGUGACAAAUGGAAAUUUGGACAAGUUGGAUACAAAGGUAUGGUUCGUCACUGCCUUUGGAAAAUGUCUGCGACUCCUGGUGCAUGCAUCAAACCGGGUUUAGUUCGGCGGCCGUUGUGCCAUAAAGUAAAUUUACCGAGUUAUGUAGCUCGGCGGCCGUUGUGUCACAACGUAAAUCUACCGAGUUGUGUAGCUCGGCAGAAGUUGUGCCACAAAGUAAAUCUACCGAGAUGUGAAUUUCGGCGGCCAUUUGAUCAUGACUUGUGAUAUUUUCGGCACUGGACAAACGAACACUUUAACUCUAUGUUAUUUAUUAGAAAAAAAACUUAUAAACCAGCCCAAAGUAGCGCCACUCUCGUGUCACUGAAAUCAACACGCUCGACCAAAUUACUGGAAAUGUUAUUGACGUGAGCCGCACACACGUUCCAUUGAAGGCUUUGAUAGGGGCGAAGUUUGAAUUCAGAUGUGAAAGCUUUUAAAACAGUAAAUUCAAUGUAAUUCAUUUCGUCAACAAGUUGAUGAUUGGAUGCUCUUAAAAAUAACAGAGAAAAUUAUCCGAAGAAAUGUUUUUAAAGAAAGAAAAAGAAUGCCGGGUUAAGCACUAAUCGGCCUUUGAGCAACUGCGCCCUGUAACUCACCCGACGCACUCUGGCCAAUGUCUCCUCCGAUUACAAGCACUUGACACCGAACCAUACGAUAUCUUUUGAAAACGUUCUUAUAAUGAUACACACUUUAAAGGUUUCGCUGUACGCAACCCUUACGUUCAAAAUAUGCCAUAAUCACAUUUAUCUAUAUCGCAACCACCCUUCCGCCUCAACUGCUAUCUGUACGCCUAUCAAACUAACCUGCGUAGCAGGCGCUUGGAAGUAGUGGGCACAAGAAAAAACGGGCGCGCGAGAAGGAGACACUCUCACCCCUCGCGUGUCUCCCCCGCGCGCUCCCGUUCUCUCUUCCGCCCACUGCUUUCAAGCGCCUGCUACGCAGGCUACUUACAAACAUCGAACACACUCUCCUAAGCUCCGAUUACUCCUAGUAUAGUUACUGGGAUUUGAAAUACCAAUAUACGGUGAUGCAUCAUGCAAUUGUACGUGACGUUAACACCGAGGUGAUAUACAAUAUGAAAUUAACGUUUUUAAUAAGAGCUAGAUAACAAAUAUUACACAAGCAAGGGAAAGGUAGAAAAAAAACAAAUAAAUAAAAUAUCAAAAUCUGUUUAAAUGUUUAAUACGCAGCAAUAAUAAAUGAAUGAAUAAUAAAAUAAAUAACAAAUAGAUAUAUUAAAGUUUAAUAAAAGUUGUAGUAAUAAACGACAUUAUGUAAUAAUCAAAUAAUAAAUUCAUUGGACCGUACUUUUGUUUCUUCAGGGUCUUCGCACUGUCCUUUGCUUAAUCUGAGAUGUGAUUGGUUUAACUAUACGGAUUUGUUAAAUUUGUACCAGUGUGUUGGAAACAAAGGUACGGAAGUAAGAAUCUUGUUGUAUAUUUAUUGAAAAAUGAAGGCGAUUUUUUACCUUUAGCAGCGAAACCGGCAGUCGCUUAAAAAUAUAUUGUUAUGAAAGGCAAGUGCAAAAACAUUGGUUUCCAUACAGGGAAAUGGACCCAAUUACUUUUCUAAAACUCGUUUUGUUCAUAACGCGAAUAAGGUAUGUCUGCCAAUAAGCAGUAGGAAAAUUGAUAAAAUCUGAGUAAUCCAGGUAUCCUAUCGAGGCGUGAUAUAAUACAAAUAAACACUACCUUUCUAUGAUUUAUCAUUUCCUGCCGACAACAGAAAUGACACUGCUCUCUACUUACGAAGUCUUUCUUGUGCAUUGUGUUAGUUAAAUGCGAUUUUGAGCAUGGGCUAUGCGGGAUGGAACAGGCUCAUUGGCGCAUUGGAUCUGGCUCAACACGCACGAAGAACACUGGCCCGGAUUAUGAUCACACCACACUUGGACCUGAAGGUUGGUUUGAGUCUCAAGUAUUCAGUUUUCUCUUCGUAUUCCCUUUUGGAAAGGCGCCACCAAGUGCGACAAACUAUCCCAUGAACAGCAAGCUGCACUGAUUUUAUAUUUAAAAAGAAAAUUAAAAUAGCUAUAAUAAUAGCAGAAACAACGCAAUAAAGAAAAUGCCAAGACAAAGGAAUAGCUCUUAAAUGAUGGCCUGAUACAUCAACUGAACUUGACAGCUGUUCCAAACUAAACGUUCUUAUUAUGACAACGUGUAAAAGACCAAAAGCUUUGAUAAGAUUUCUGAUGCACUUUGUUUGACUUUAAGUCUUUUGUCCUUUCUAAGUUUAUUCAUGUAUUCACUUCUCCUAUUCCUUUGUUUGAAUGUAUUUAUUUACCUAUCUAUCAAGGAAAAUACCUAUUUCUGGAAGCAUCGGAGCAGAAGGCUCGUGAGGGAGCCAUUCUGGCCAGCAGUACAAUUGGUCCGGGUAAACCUAUUUGUUUGCAGUUUUGGUAUCACAUGAAAGGAGAAGAUAUCGGGAGUUUGAAAGUCUACAUUCAAACAAAUGAAACAAAAACGCUAGUUUGGAAUACGACUGGUGCACAAGGUGACAAAUGGAAAUUUGGACAAGUUGGAUACAAAGGUGACUCGAAAAGCUACAAGGUAGGGGUGAUUUUGCAACAAAUAAGUUAAUAACUGUUCUAAAAAUUGCUAUCCGUACUAAUGAUGAUCUUUUAUCACUGAGAUUUGACAAUCAGAAAAUGAGAGGGCUAGUCAGACGUUGUUGUUGUUGCUGUAGAUUCAUGAUAUAAAUUAAAUAAAUAUAGUUCUCGUCCAUAAUACGCAGGGCUAUUCAAAGAAACUAGGGGCAGAUAGUUCAGUCACAAAUUGAUUGAUUCUCCCCUGGUGACUACUAUAAUUUUGAAUCGAAAUUUAUAACUCAGUUUGUAGGAAUGCAAGUGAGCUUUCUUCACUCAAUUUAACUUAGAAAAUGGCAAAUCUUUUAUAAGCGAGAACGGAUCUCGUUGUUGAGCAAUAUGUUCGUUGAACUGAGAUGUGGCACCCUUUAAAGUAACUCGUCUGAUUCCUCUUUCCAGGUCAUCUUAGAGGGUGUUGCGGUUGGUAGUGGAAUUUACGGAGACAUUGCCAUUGAUGAUCUGUUCUUACUUGGCGAAAAUAUAUGUGAGACCAUAACGGGAAGUGGUUAGUUUACCAUUACUAAACUUUUUAAAAUUCUAUUAAACGUCUGGCUAAAGAAGAAAGCCUCAAUUAGGGCUUGUACCUGGUACAGUCGAGCUUGAAAAAAGUUAAAAGCGUGAAUGAUAUGUAAAUGGCAUGAUCAUAGUACUUUUCACACUUUCGCAUUGCCCAUAGUCACUUUCGCAUUGCUCAUAGUACGCAGUGUUUGCCCCUCCAACGCCCUCCCCCACCCCCUACCCCUAACGUUUUUCCUAAUCGUUGUUAUCAGUUUCAUUGAGGCAGUACGAUCGUUCCGAAAGGAAAUCGAGAAGAAUGCGUAUGCGAGAUUUUGGGGAGCAAACAGAGCGCAUUAUGAGCAGUGCGAAAAUAGUGAAUUCACUAAAUUUUCAAGUAUCAUUUUUUGGAACAGUGUCUUAUAUCUAUGUUGUCUCCGGAGACUUUGAAGAGGUCCUCGUCGUGAUAGAUUUAAACUACCUAUGUCCGAAGACACAGGUUAAACGAAUGUAUUCACUUUACCGGUUUAUUCUCCUCUUCAACUGCUGUAUUUAACAGAGCUUCCCGGGUGUCUGUUUGAGCUGGAUCAUUGCGCUUGGAAGCCGAGUCACAACUGGCGAAUGAGUAAACUUUUCCCUUUGCAAUUUUUGGAAAAGGAUUGGCAAAACACCUUGGGUACGUAUAUUUUCCCCUUUUGUCUUAAUAAAGCAAAUAGAGCAUUUCGCUGUAAAUUCCUCAAAUGUGAUAUUCUGCAGGAGGAUUUACAUAUUUGCAAGAUCGUUCCAACACGUACAAAGAAUCGUGGUGCUAUGGGACAUUGAAAAGUCGACGCAUUUUGCCUGAAGAAGGUUGGAACUGUAUGCAGUUCUGGUAUUAUAUAGGAACCACUGGAUCCAGUUCUCUCCAGGUGUACCUAAUAAUCAAUGAAACUAAAGCCAAUUUGUGGAGUUCAGACUCUCAUCAAGGAAAAGCUGGACAUUGGAUGUAUGUUCGCUUGCCAAUCGACUCUGGCUCAAAGCCACACCAGGUGAAUACCUCAGUUAAAUAGAAACCUCUAAGGCUAUUGAAUGAUUUCUGUUUACUUCAUCUGAUGUUUCCGUGCCGAUAAUUUCUUGACAAGCAUACAAUGUCAUAGUUUGACUUAGUAGACAAAACAGGCUCAAGCUAAACAUGCUAUAAAUUACGGAUUAAACUGCCAAGUUUUAAAAAGGGUUUCGUUUGAUUGCAUGUUUUUCAAGUUAUUUGAAUCUUUAGAGGCUUAUUUGUAACUAUUUACAAGCUUCUCUGGCAAAAUAAGGAAACGACCAUUAAAAAAUGGGUGUUACGGUAAAAGGGACUUGGAAACUUGCAUGUCACGCUUUGACGUUGCCUUUUGUCUUACCGAGAUAACACUUUAGUAUCAUGACAAGUGUAAAUUCUUUGAUUUUUGAUUUUGGGGAUGUAACUAGGUCCUUCUUGAAGGUCGGACGUCCUUGAAGCGGGAAUUCCUAGCCGUGGACGACAUAACCUUCCAAACCGAAAUAUGUCAAGCAAUUCCCUGGCAAGGUAAGUGUUAGAAAGUGGUAACCCUAUUGAGUAUGAAAGGGAGACACGUUCCUGAUCAAAGCAUAAUUAUGAGUCAGUUGCUUUUAGUGUAAUUAUGUCACUGACUUAGAGCUGAUGAAAUGAUUUAUAUUUUUGUAGUAGGAAUGAAGAUAUUUAAGUAGUUAAUGUGAUUCACGCCGUUGAACAACAACCGCUUGGGUUAUUUUUACUGAAAUGCGAUGACCAAAUUUGUGCGAGUCAUCACUUCACAGCGGUAAGCAACUUUUUCGGUAGUGCAAUGCAUUGUUAUCUUUAUCCUUAAAUAUUUUCCAAAGAGCAUUGUUCUGUUACAAUGUAAUUUUGAAUACCUAAAAGUAGCCUCUUCGUAGCCUUGAAGUUCAUAGACCUCACGAAGGCUUUUGUCCUGGUAAGCAGAGACGGCCUAUUCAAGAUUCUGCCCAAGAUCGGAUGUCCCUCCAGGCUCAGCAUAAUUAGAUCCUUUUACGUAGACAAGAAGGGGUCUCUGUGAUCUUUGACGGCUCAACAUCAGACCCUUUCGACAUCCGAAGUGGAGUGAAACAGGGCUGCGUCAUCGCACCGACCUUAUUUCGGGUUUUCUUCGCUGUCCUGCUGAAACAAGACUUUAGAGUUGCAACAGAGGGCAUCUAUCUCCAGACCAGGUCAGACUGAAAGCUCUUCAAACUUUCCAGACUAAGACCAAAGUCCAAAUGAAGUGUCUGCGUGAUUUCCUCUUUGCCGACGAUGCAGCCAUCACCGCCCACUCAGCCGAGACCUUCAGCAGCUCAUGAACCGUUUCAGGAAGGCCUUCCAAGAUUUUGGGCUGACCAUCAGCCUGAAGAAGACACGGGUUAUGGCUCAGAAUGUGGACUCACUUCCCAACAUCGCAAUCUUGAAACAUGAACUGGAAGUUGUCAAUUACUUCGUAUCUCUGAUACUCUUUCUCUGGAGUCCGAGCUAAACAAGCGCAUCGGCAAGGCUGCUACUACCAUUUCCAAGCUGACUAUGAGAGUAUGGUCCAACAAGAAGCUGACGGAAAAUACCAAGAUCCAGGUCUACAGAGCUUGCGUUUUGAGCACACUGCUGUACGGCGGCGAGUCCUGGAUUCUUCACGCACGACGGGAGAGGAAGCUUAACAUUUUCCACAUGCGCUGUCUCCGACGCAUACUUAGCAUCACCUGGAAGGACAGAGUUCCAAACAACACAGUCCUGGAGCGAACUGAAAUUCCCAAUAUGUAUGCAUUACUGAAACAGAGACGUUUGCGCUGGCCCGGCCAUGUUGUGAGAAAGGAUGACAGCCCUAUCCUAAAGAAUCUCCUUUAUGGAGAAUUGGCUAACGGAAAGCGCCGCACUGGCAGACCCCAAUUACGCUGCCUAUAAAGUUGUCUGCAAUAGGGACCUGAAGGCCUUGGGCAUUGACGUCAACCGAUGGGAAACCUUGGCUUCAGAACGUUCACCUUGGAGGCAGGCAUGUGCAGCAAGGUCUCUCUGAGUUUGAAAAGACAUCUACCGAACAGGCUGAGACAAAGAGACAAGCGAGUAAGGCCCGAAAUCAAGGAGAUAGGCCAGCAACUGAUCAAAUCUGCUCACUGUAAGUGUGAAAGGGACUGUUAUUCUGGAAUUGGUCUUUCCAGACAGACAAAGCGCUGUUCGAGAACUACUAAUCAGAGGGUGGCACCAUACUCUUUGGAAACUGAAGGAUGCCAAUGAAAAGUACGCCCAGUCGAUUACUAAAUCAAAAAAAGCUCUUUUUGUACAGCGUUUCUUAAACACUGCCAUAGGAAUGUGUCAGUUAAUCAAGCUCUUAAUGUGCGCCAUUUCAGUUUAACUUUAAUUGUUAAAUGUUUUUGAUAUUUCCGUAGAAAAUAGAACAGAAUAUGGAAAAAACCUUCUUAAAACGCAGUAUUUCUGGAAACUAGACGGAAGCGACGGAAAUAUAAGGUAUGCUUAAUAUAAGAUCGUGAUAGCUCACUGACCAGUGAGUAACAAACUUAAAACCUGCGAUACUGAAUGUACAAUACGCUGAUCUACAUUGUUAGUACUAAAAACACGCACUCGAUUUAAAGGACCCAUAGGUAAACAGUUUUUCACCUCCAUACUACACAAGAAUCAACAAAAUUGGGGGUUAAUGUGGAAUAUUCAGAAAAUGGUGGCUAGACAGAGAUUUGAAAAUAGGCAUAGAACAGAAAUGAACGCAGUUGCUAAUUUAUUACAUAUUGUUUAUCCGAGUAUCCAAAUAUGUCAUGUCCUAAAAAUUUUGGCAAAGAAUUCUAACUUUCAGUCAGUGACAGAGACGGCUCGGAAGAAAAAAACCUGAGUACUCCGGCCCAAUGGGAAUCGAAGCUAUGACAUUCUGGUUACUUGUCCAUAUGCUCUACUACUAAGGCGGACACUGGUGGGAACUAAGCAGCCACUAAACAAGGCUCAUGUGCCAAACAUCCUGCAUAGUGCUAGGACUAGAAUGUCUAUUUGUGCUUAUGCUCAACGAUAGAGAUAUGAUGUUGAAUUUCAAGCCUGGUGAAUAUAUGAGAAACAUUAUUCAAUAUGCUUUUAGCUUGGAAGGUACUGCUUCAUACCAAACUGACGGCGGGAUAAAAUCUUUGCACCUUGACGGAAGAUCUGGUUAUGCAGAAAUUCCUGCAAUCAAUUUCAGGAAGAGCAGCUUUUCAAUCGCCCUGCGAUUUAACGUCCACAAUUCACACCGUCUUGGACAUCUCAUUUCUGAUUGGUCAUCACCAGGGCAGUUUAGAAUGUAUGUGAAUCGCAGAAAAGUAUUCGUGGAAUUGCGACGAAGUGGUGUAGUGCAGACCUUGCUUAAUAUGACGAGCGAUAGGUUAGUAAAAAAGCGUUCGCACGACUUUUUACACAGAUUCUUUUCCACUUGUUCUUGAAUACCAGGCCCGGUAAGGAAUUAUGAUAAACGAUGAAACAGCAUCAACUUUGCUGGGUGCCCAUAAAAAAUUACUAGACAUUUAUUGUCAUGAUUUUGCUUCCAAUCCAUGGUUGAUAGAUUCAAAUGGGUCGAAUUAUUUGCCUUUUGCAUAGUUAAUUAAGGCUAAAAAAGGCUGAUCCUUGGAAAAAAUUCGAUGUGAUGUGGUAUGGUGCUGUACAUGCAUUCUAGUUCUCGAGUGGGACAUAUAUAAGUGCAUACGUACGAAUUUUAAAUGAUUGUGGGCUAUAUCGAUUUUCUAUUAUAAUUUAGAGACGUUCAUGCAAAAAUCUGGACACACAUGGUAUUUGUCUGGAAUCGCUCUACCCGUACAGGAAAGUUGUACUUGAAUGGUGUGUACACGGGAGAACAACAUUAUACUGGUGAAGAUUUUGACCUCAUCCUGACAAAUCACACGACAUAUGAGCUUGGUUUCAAAAAGGACACAAGCGAAAUACUCCAUGGUUCCCUGAGAGAUCUGAUGGUCUUUCUGCGACCACUUACGACGGAAGAAGCUUUUACCCUUUGCAAGGGUAUUGGUAUGAAAGUUUAGUAGCAAUAAUAGUUAAUAGCGGAGCGCCCGCGCACAAGAAGCGCGUGAGUUCCCCUUUUUUUACCAGAAUACAAUACAUGCAUGUAUAGGUGGUUUUCAUGCAAUCUCGGGAGACACAAAUAACAAUGGUGCAAUGAACAAAUGCUGGUGGACAAACAAAACGAGCUAAUGAGCAAUCUUUUGUUUACCGUCCACCAGCAUGGCGGUGAUGACGUAACGUGAAAACCACCUAUAGGUAUGGAUUAGGAAUACUUGUGGUGCAGUGGAACUUAAUAGAGGAACCAGCACCACCCUUUUGUAGUCUUCGUUCAUUUGUGUUGGAAAGCCCUACAAAUAACUGAUCAGUUAUCUUUGUUUAAGGAAUUUUAGUUUGAUUUAUAUAGACUUACAUAAUUUUUUUAUGAAUAUAAUUUUUACUAUUUUUAGCAUACAAGAUUUUAUGAAUAUAUAUUUGGGAUUAGAAUUUCCCUAUAUAUAGAUUUUUUAUAUUUUAUUGUUUGUUCCAGGCAGUUAAUUUUUAUGAGGAAUCCUUGUGUUCUGUAUAAACUGUCCUAGUGAUGCAGAUAUCACUUAUAUAUUUGAUUCUCGCUUUUAAUCGUAUUAUUUUUGAUAUCUGUGUAAUUGAAUUGAGUAAAUCAAUCAAUCAAUCAAUCAAUCAAUUUUACUUACUUAUGUUGUUAUUUUUUCCUUUACGUACAGAUUAUUGAUUAUCAGUCAAUUCACUAAUUGCAUGAUUGAGCCGUUUUACAUCAAUGUUUUUCAUUCGUUUUCUAGGUGCUGUUUUCAUUACAUAUCUUGCUGUCAAAUUUUUCAACUCUUUCUCUCUCUUCUACUCUUUUCUAGUAAACGUUGGAGGUUUUCAGUUUUACGAAGGUUUAUGUGGAUGGAAAAAUUCUAACCAAAGUGUUUCACCCUGGAAACAAGCAGUGGGUCUGGAUAUGGCCGCCAUUACCAAGCAAGUUAAGUCGUAUUUGGAAAGCAAGGGGAGAAGAUCAGAGCCAGGUUGUUAAAAAGGGGGACAUUUUACUCCCUUUAAUUUUCAGUACAUUUUGAAAGGAGCCUUUGUCCUGUAAUGUAAAGCUAGGUGUUAGAUAUCAAACUAUCUUUUUAUGUAGUUCAUGCAUCGCGAUCUUCACCGAGAAAAGCAGUUCUUGCAAAUGGGCUUUAAUCUCGAUGUUAUCUUCUAUAGGCAUUAUGAAGGAAAGUAGUUACCAACUUAACUUCACACACAAUGGAUAUGUCAACAUAACUACUGAUCUUCCAAAUCUCGUUGCUUUCACGAUCUGCUUCUGGAUGAAGACUUCCGAUAAUACGAGUGCAGGGACUCCCAUAUGGUACAGAGUCCGUGAAACUAACGGAAAAUACAUCCCUGCUAUUGCACUUGUGGACUAUCGAGGAUUCUACAUUUAUGUAGGCGAGUCGAAGCCGUAAGUGUACUUAAUUUCAAUUUAUUUUGCCUCUUCCUAACAGGCAGGGAAAUGUUCAUCUUGUUUGUUUUUAUCGUCCAUAAAAUAUCGCAGCGGGGAGUCAAUAGGUUAAUUCUUAAUACAAUGUUGCCUUUUUUCUAGGAUCAAAACUAACUCAACAGCAAAUAACGGCAAGUGGCAUCAUAUUUGUUUGGUAUGGACUUCUGAAGGCGGAAACGUCACUCUACAUAACGACUGGUCAAUAUUUUCAGGAACCAAAUUUUCUGAGGGGGAAACGAUUCCUGGUAUGCACAGCUGCCAUGCUAUGGCUUUGUUGCUCUGAGUAGAACUUGAAACUAAAUAAGCCGAUCUUAUUCUACUUCGCUCGUACCUGGAAUCAGUUAUAAAUACAUAUUUAACGAUAAAAACUGAAUUAUUGGAAUAUUUCUUUGAAACCACUGAGAAAAUACUUAUGUAGAAAGUUGAAAGAUGAAAGGUGACUUCUCGAGUCAAAAAAGGACAAAAAGAAACAAAAAAUUCUAGUCUCCAAGAACGUAAACGAAGCUUCCAAAAAUCUUAAUGUCACUUAAUGUUCCACAGGAAAAGGUGAAUUUAUUGUUGGCCUGACAGAGGAUCUGGCAACACAAAAUCCUCAAGCGGGACAAUUCAUUGGUCUGAUAAGCCAUGUUAACAUCUUUAACAAAGCCCUUAAAGGCGAGGAUAUAAAAUGGAUGUCACACGGCUGUGGUAAAGUUGUUUUGCUUGGGCUUCUCUUACCCUGGUCGCAGUUUAUUACUGGUGUUGUUGGAAAAGUGAAAGUCGAAAAACCUGCAUUAUGCGCAGAUCCUGAAGGUGACGUACGCACUGCAAGUAACCGCGGCCACAUACCGUGAACAUACUAUAGUUAGCAGUAAUUGAAUUCGGCUUUCGUAUCAUCUGAAGAAUUAUGGAGAUAGAAAGCCGAAUUAAAUAAUUGUUUUAUCUUUUACUCAAAAUAAUUGCUAGUUUAAAAACAAGCUAAAACAUUCAGUUUUAUUGACUACUACAGUUAUCAGUUGCGGUUCAUUUCGCUGAUUACACAGCGUGCUUAGCGUGUCUAAUACUCAAAUUAAGAGGAAAAAUGGAAGAUUUAUAACACGACGUUUCGGGGUCAAUCAAAACGCACGCUUAGCUUGACAUAUAGCUGCUACAAGAAAAAAAAAGAUUGACGUGCUAAGUUUACUAAAACAAAGCCAAGUACGUCCACCUUUGUUGUAGCAAUUUAAUAAGCACGUAUCCGUGAUCUAAGACACGCAAAGCAUGUGGUGAGCGAGGCUCACAAUGUAUGGCGAAAGAGCCCCCAAGGGAGAGCUGUGCAAUUAAGUAUGUAACUAAGGGCGCUUUCCAUUUGUCAGAACUGACCGGCCAGUCCAUUCCCAUCGUAAUGAGAAUUCCUUUUUUAAUCAAAACUAACCAUCCAGAUCAGUCAAAUCCUAAAUAUUAUGCACAAAGGAGAUGAUUUUCAGUAAAACCUCUUGGAAAAAGCCUAUUUCAUUGCCAAAAUGUUUGGUUCGGCCAUAGGUCCGACCGGCCAGUUCUGACUUUUGGAAAGCGCCCUAAUUAUGUAUUUUUGUAAUUUUGCUUCACGAUUGACGUCACUAGUUCACAUAUCGCAAAAUUCUUUCAAGCCGUGGUUGUGAUAAAUUAUGCGUGGGAUUUUAGCCAAUAAGAAACGGAGAAAUGUUUUGAAUGAAUAAUACCAUAAAGGUUUGAACCCAGGAGUCAUUUCAAAAGGUUGAGUUUGAUCGUCCGGGUGAACGUAGUCGUGAACAGGACUGUUGUUGUUGACAGUGACUGACGUUUCGACAACCUGUGCGGUAGUCAUCUUCAGUGUCAAAGUGAGUUGUAUCACUUUGACUCUGAAGAUGACUACCGCACAGGUUGUCGAAACGUCAGUCACUGUCAACCACAACAGUCCUAUUCAGGGCUACGUUCACCCGGACGAUCAAACUCAACCUUUUUUAUUACCUUUAAUUAGCAAAUCAAUAAAAGUUCUAUCAAAUAUCCCCUUGCUGAGGUCCUCAAAUCGAUAAGUUUAAUGAGACUGAAUCUAAAGUGAGUGAUAGAUUUUACCUUAAAUUCAGGUCUAUCAAUUAUUAUUAAAAACUGAAUCAAAUGAAAAACGUUCCCAGCAGUCAACAAAAUUUAUGCGAUUGGACUUCAACAGGAUUUGAACCCGUAACCUCGCGAUACCGGUGCGAUGCUCUAACCAACUAAGCCAUGAAGCCACUGAGGUUGGGAGUUGGUCAAUUGUGUUCAUAUAUGUUCCCGUGAAAGAGAUGAGUGUGAUAGAUGUACAUGAAAUAAAUCAUAUAAGAACUGCGGAAAUGAAAUCAAAAAACGAAAGGUCCUCGCAGUUGUGAACGCAAUUUAUCAAUAGCUUAAGAAGCCUACAAAAGGAAUGAUUUGUUUCUGGAUGUUUUUGUGAGUUUUUUCUUUUAAGGUGCGUGAAUGGCGUAACCUCUUGCUUAGUUAUGACGUCAUGUCAAUAUUUCUAAACAUUUUUUUUAAAAUUUCUUUCAUCAAAGGAUACCGCUUUAUGGUGUGCAAUAACAACAUGACGCAACCAUCUCAAACAUCUUUAUUUGAGAGUCCACUGUAUGAACGAUCUUAUGAGGGUCACAAAAUCUGUAUGCGGUUCAGAUAUCUAAUCUACGGCCCUGGGAGACACUUCCUUCGUAUUUACCAGCAACUGAAUUUAACUGACUACCAGAGGAGGCUGAUGUGGGCAGUGGACGAAUCAAGCAACACUGACUUGAUCUGGAAAUACGGAAGAGUGGCACUUCCGAGUGUUACAAAAUACAAGGUAAUGAAAAACAAGUCACCACAUAAACUCUUUAGUUUUUAUGUUUUGUUUUCCCAAUAAACGUCUUAGGGGAAUUUGGUACAUAAGACACUGAAAAUAAGACAAAACUGGAAAGAAACAGUUCUCUGUAGUAUUAUCACAUGAAAUUUUUAUAAUAAUGACGGUAUCCAAAUCUUGCUGUUUUAACAAAGACCAAUUAACUGUAAUAACGAAACUGGUAUAUUUGAUUGGAAACGAGGCUGCUAGGACAAAAGGGAACUUAAAAAAAUGGCUUUUACGCCAUUCAAAGACGAAAUAGCUGAACUUCUGAUUUAAACUGAAUUCAAGAAAUGCAAUAAUACGCAAAACAUAUUGCUCGAUGAAUUUUAUCUACAUUUUGAGGAGAAUCUGCUAGAAAAAACAUCUGUUUAUAUCCUGUGCCGAGAAAUUGGCCAAAGUUUUGAAGAAAGUCUACGAGGAAGUAAGCAUGUAAAGAACUUAGAAAUAUUUUGAAUGAAUAUUAAAACAAUUAUUGAAUUUGGCUUUCCUAUGAUGUGAAGAAUGAUGUAGGUCUUUGGAGGAUGUUAUCCACUUCAGCUUCGGUGGAUAACAUCCUUCUCGAUCUGCUAGUCUUCACAUCCUACUCAGCCUCAUUCAAUAAUUGCUAAAUAUUUCUGCAGGUAUCUAUUGAAGCAGAUUUUGGCAGCGAACCUGGUUAUAUUGGUGUCAGAGGUAUUCACGUGGUUCCAGGAUACUGCCAUCCAUUGUCCCUUACGGCAACUAAAGGUGCAGUGUUAUUUAGCUUAGGCCACGUCCUCGCGGAUCCAAAUAUCUUUUAAACAACCACAUUUUUUUUACACUUAUUGGCCCUCUGUCCACACGAAACCACUGAAUCCACUAAUGAAAACCAUUCUCUAGAGAGUGGUCUUGGGCCCCGUCCAAACAAAUACCUAUAACAAAAUAAGUGAUUUAAAAAAAAAAAUCAAGAUUCGCGUAGACGACCGGGGGAGUUACUUCCAAGGCUAAUAGGGUUUUUCUGCGGGAAGGGGUCGCACUUUCGUUACUGAAUUGACUAUAAUGGGAUUGUAUUUUCAAUAGAGACUUUUGCUUUAAGGCGUUUCGAUACAGUUUUCCAGAGGUCAUACCAAUAUUUUUCAAUCGCCUUAAAAGUGUUUUUUUCCUUGUCCGAUCGCUAUAAAACUUUCACCAGUAAUUGGCUAUGGAUUGAAAUUUGUGGAAAUGUAGUUUUAAGUAAAUCUAUAUUACUAUGACAACAAUAAACAAAAAACUUUGAAACUGAUGAAAGCCAAAUUUUGUGGGACCUAGACCAGCUACUGAAAAUCCAACACUAGGAACUUAAAGUUUGGUGUUUAGCAAACAACUACCAUAAGACGUAAAAAAUUCUGUGUGUUUGAACUCGACUAAAACGAAAGUAUAUUUCAAACCUUAAAUUUUCAAUAGCCGUGAUAGAUUACUUCAUAAAAACGUUAUAAAUGACUCAAAUUAAUCUUAAAGAGCGUCAGAAUGCUGCUUAAUAUCGUAUCUCGAUGCUAAGAAAUUUUAGUGUAUUUUCGUUCUCAUUCUCUUGCGAUCUAACCCGUUUUCUCACCACCUGUCAAAGUGCAACUUCAUUCAAAAUUUGGACUUUUAGCGCAUUUUGAAAAAUCUCUGAAGCGACUCCAACGAAUUUUUUUCAAAUCUCUUCCCAUCAAUCUUCAUAAUGUAUAUAAUAAUGUCUGAACCUUUCAUUGAGAUUGAUUCACUGCAACUUCUUAAAAUUUCAAGACAAACCUAUCCUACGAACCUGUAAAAAGCUACGUUACAACAUUCCCUGUUUUGACGUUACGCUAAUUUUUCCAAAUUAAUGCACACUAUACAUACCUCCAUGACUAGUACAUUUUAGUUUGAAUUUAUCGCAUCUUUUGAAUGUAAAACAUUGAAAAUACUCACACUGAAAUGCACUAGUCAUGGAGAUGUGUAUGGUCCGAAUUGAAUGAAUUAACUAUCUUUUUCAGAAUGCAACAGAAACUUUACCACAAUGUCAGGCAUGAUUUUAUCCCCACACCAUCCUGGGUAUUAUCCACCGCUGAUGCGUUGCCGGUGGACCAUCAAUGUUCCUCGCGGAAACACCAUAAAACUGCGAUUCCUGGAAUUCCAAUUGGAAGAUCAUCCUUCCUGCUUUAACGACUUCCUAGAGAUAUAUAGUGAACUUAAGCCCAGAACGUUUCUGGGAAAAUAUUGCGGAGAAAGAUUUCCAGCCUUCAUUGAAUCAUUUUCAAAUGUUAUGGUGAUUACUUUCGUGAGCGAUAACAAAAUUAAUGGAUUAGGUUUCAAACUACACUAUGCAGGUAAGGAAUUACAUUUAGAGGGCUGUGACUGA